GCGAGUGUGGAGUUGCGCCUUUGGGAACGGAGGUUUCAAGCCUACUUAUGGUCGCAGGAGAGCUCCGGAGAAGGGUCUUGGGGACUCCCGGUCUUUCGUGGGCCGACGCCAGCCUCCGAAGAGUGAAGGUCGCAGAGCCCGGCUGCUUGGGAAGCGAACCUGUCCCUCCCAGGGUGAAGUUGCUGGUGCUGCUGGCGCCCGAGGGAAGCUAGGUUCCCUUCAGGGAUCCUUACGUCUCUUCUGAACCCACCUGGCAUUGCUUCGGCUCUCUCUCAGCCGUCAUUUCGGCCGCUUUCUUUCUUCUUCUUAAAAAGCCAAAACCUUUCGUCUCGACGUGGUCUUGGAGCCAAACUUGAAGAAUGAUUCGUGAAUCCGGAAUGGACGACAGUGUCAUUACGACAUAAUUUUGGUGGCUUACCCUCCAUAGAGAAUGUUGUCACCACACUCCUCUGGCACACCACUUCUGUGGAGGAGGAAAUGGCCACGCCCCCUGAGACCAUGGAUACUUAUGAUUCUCAAGGACCAACUUCUAGACAAAGGGCCUCAAAUCUUAAGGACUACUUUGUGAGUGCUACCCCUCUGCAGAAACGACUGAAAUUGGCCAGGAGACAGAGUUCAGUUUUUCCCAGUCCAUCUCGAAGGAAAAUUCCCCAGUGUUCACAGUUGCAGGAAGAUAUCGAUCCUCAGAAGGUUGCAUUUCUCCUCCACAAACAGUGGACUGUAUAUAGUUUAACUCCCCUGUAUAAAUUCUCCUAUUCUAAUCUCAAAGACUAUUCUAGACUUCUAAGUGCAUUUAUUGUUGCCGAAAAGCAAAAAGGACUUGCUGUGGAAGUGGGAGAAGACUUCAAUAUCAAAGUGAUUUUCUCCACUCUACUUGGAGUGAAAGGGACGCAAAGGGACCCUGAAGCAUUUCUUGUCCAGAUUCUUUCAAAAUCUCAGUCAUCACGUGAACACAGAGAAGAUAAAGUGUUGUGGACUGGUUGGUUCUGUUGUGUAUUUGGAGAGAAUCUUCAGGAGACUGUCUCAGAAGAUUUCACCUGUCUACCCUUAUUCCUUGCACAUGGAGCGGAAUCCAACACAUCCUUAAUCGGAGGCUGGUUUCAGAAAACUUUUGACUGUUGCUUUAGUCCUUUAGCAAUCAGUGCAUUUAAUCUUUCCUGGAUGGCUGCUAUGUGGACUGCAUGCAAAAUGGACCAUUACAUGGCUACUACUGAAUUCUUUUGGUCUGUGCCCUGUAGCCCACAGAGCUUAGAUAUUUCUUAUGCCAUACAUCCAGAGGAUGCAAAAGCUUUAUGGGACAGUGUCCACAAAACACCUGGGGAAGUUACCCAGGAGGAGGUCGACUUAUUUAUGAACUGCCUUUAUUCACAUUUCCAUAGGCAUUUCAGAAUUCACUUAUCAGCCACAAGAUUGGUUCGCGUCUCAACGUCUGUAGCUUCGGCACACACGGAUGGGAAAAUAAAGAUCCUGUGUCAUAAAUACCUUAUUGGUGUGUUGGCAUAUAUGACGGAACUGGCUAUUUUUCAAAUUGAAUGAAUUCUUGUAUGGACUAAGUGAUGCAUUGUAAACCCUUUUGAUCAUUUGCUGAAUUGCUAUGCCGAGUGGGACAGUAGAAGAAAUGGAGCACUUGUUUUCUCAGGGUGCCUUCGGAGUUGCCCAGGUGGAUCUGGAACCCAGUAGUGGUAGUGGGUGAGCUGCAUUCCUGGGCUUGUGUACCCAUCAUGUCACUGUGGCCGUGUCAUGUUAUAAAAGAUGGUGAAUUGUUAAUAUAAAAGAAUCCAAUUUGUCAAAUAAACUUAUCUAAAAUCUGAUUCUGA